AUGCGACAGAAAAGAACGAAACAAUAUAAACGACUUAUGGCACUUUAUUCUAUAUCGUUUGGUUUUAGAGAACCUUAUCAAAUACUAGUGGACAGCAAUUUUAUGCGAACUGCCUUACGAUAUAAGAUGGAUAUUUCUAAGCAACUCUGUACAGUAAUGCUAGGCAAUACAAAGCAAUUAUAUACUUCUUGUACAUUAGCUGAAGUGAAAGAUCAAAGCAAAGAUGAAUUUGGCACGGAAAACGCAUUAAAAAGAUUCGAGCUACGAGGAUGUAUACAUAGACACAAACCAGUCUCAAGUGCUGAAUGUAUAUUGUCAAUUAUAGGGCCCGAUAAUCCUCAUAAUUAUUGCGUAGCCACGCAAAAUGAAUCGCUUCGUAAACGAUUUCGCGCUAUUCCUGGCAUUCCACUAUUAUACAUAAAUCGAACUGUAUUAAUCCUUGAACCUCCUUCUUAUGCCACAUUGCAAAAAUCAAAAAAGAUCGAAAAUGUGAAAACCCAUGCAUCAGUUGAGGAAUUAUCUUUUUUAGCGAAAGCUAAUUCUGAUAUUCAAGUAGAUACUGAAAAACCAAAAAAGAAACGUAAAGGACCGAAAGAACCUAAUCCGUUGAGUUGUAAGAAAAAAAAAAUGAAGGUUUUACCUCAAAAUAAAAAGAAUAGUGAAAUGGGAAAGAUCAGUCUAACAAAUGUACGUUUAAUUUAA